UCCUUCUUCUUCCGGUCUUUAAACAGGCCCGUGAUCCCCGCAAGACUGUUUCGUCGCGCCAACCGGCCCAUGCUUCCGAGUUUGCGAAUCAUCACGCUCGCGCUCGAAACCGUGCUGCUCAAAGAUAUGUUGUCCGUGCUCGCGUUCAACCGCGCGUUACUGAACAAACUCGCCGCGCGCGACUUUUUCUUCGGCAUCGGCACCUGCUGGCCACUCGCAGGAGAUGCGACAGGGCUCUCUGUUGUUGAUGCAGCCGAUCGUGUCGCGUUCUUGAUCACUGCUGGCGUUUUCGGAGUAGGAUUGACGACGCUCGCCUUGAUGCUCUCAUCGCUGUCGUCUCCACCGCCCUCUUCCUCUUCGCCGACACCCACUUCCUCCUUGAGUGCCAGACUUGCAUUGAACGACAGCGCACGACGUAAGCGGCCUUUGAGGCCACUCCCUUUGGCGAUAGGCGCGGCCGCCUCCCGCGUCGCCAACAAAGACAGCGAAGACAGCGCCAGCGAUGAGUCGUCUCGGGAGAUCCGCCGCUCAGCUCGCACUGACGGCGCGAGGGAAGAGGUACUUGGUCUGGGAGUAGGUAGAGUAACAGCACCCUGUGAUAGCGGACUCGGUCGUGCCACCUUCUGCUGAGAGCUUGAGGAACUCGAGUUUGGAAUGGAAGACGAAGCUGCUGAAUUGUUGCUAUGGGUGGAUGAACUCGAUCCUGCUCGGUGAUGAGGAAUCCGCGGAGGCCCCGGCG